CAGUUGACCAGUACUGCUGCUACAGCGAAUCCCCGGAGAGGUGUCUGGUGGUGGCGGCAGUGUGCCUGAAGUAACCUCGCGAUGCGAUCAACCUCUUAUCAGCGGCAGCGGCCGUGCCUAUUUGUUCGACGUUCUUCUUAGUUGGUCGCUCAGUGCAUUAACACAAGGUGUCGGGUGCUACGCUACACUCCCGACAGUUUCAGGAAUUAUUUUGAAGCCAACAUGAGCACAAUCCUCAAUCUACUCCUGCUACUGCUUGCCAGCCUUUCAGCGUCGCUAGGAUAUGCGGUAGAAAUCCAGGAUGACUCCUAUGAGCGCAUCCCGACGCACGAGGUGGUUGUGAAGGAGGGCGCCAGGCUCAAACUGAAGGUGUCCAAUUACUACAACCGGGAUGCGUACCUUGCCUGGUGGUAUCACAACGGUCGUCUGAUCACGGACAAUUACCGGAACUGUCGGGCGACCUACGGCGAACUUGUGUGCCCGUCCAUGACACCGGCCGAUGCCGGACGGUACGAUCUUUGGGGCCACAGCAGGGACAAUGUUCGCACUCGGUUGGCGACCGCGAUCGUGCAAGUUGAAGCGCUGCCUGGCAGCCGGCGGCUUUCGGAACCGAACGCACAGGUGCUGGCCGACGCCGAAGAGGAGCCGUUCGAGGAGCGGGACGAUUGCUUCUGCUCGGGAGUGACGGGACGGUGCCGAACGGCACGCUUCCUCUACCGGGCCCGGAUGGUCUACAAUCUCACCAACGCCCAAGUGAUCCGCCUGCCGAGCGAGUCAACCAUCGAUCGGUAUCUGUCCGUACCGGCGUCGUACUUCGAGAAUAACUUGCUAACGUCCUACGGUGGUUACUUCCGGUUUUACGCUCCAGAUGAGUGUUGGACGGAGCGCACCAAGCCAUGCAUGGUGCUGGUCGGCAAGGACGAUCUUAGGCUGAGCCACGUCCCACCGGAGAACACCCAGUCGCCGUGGGUCUACGUGCCGAUCCGUGAAUCCAGCUGGACGGUGUUGAGCAACUCGACGGACCCGGCUAGUGCCCCGGUGAACAAAUUUUCCUUCAUGUCCGUGCUGAGCCGACUGCAAGCGAUCUACAUUCGGGCCCCGAACGAUCCGCAAAGUUCAAAGCGCGCCGCCGACAGCCAGCUCACCGUGGACGUGGCGUCGACCCAGAACUCCGGCCUCGGGUGGGUCGGUUCCGUCGAGGAGUGCCAGUGUCACCCGGGCUACCGAGGCCUGUCGUGCGAGAACUGCGAGCGAUCCUACCUCCGAAAGUACGAUGCGUUCAGCCCCAACGGGCUGUGUCUGAGUGUCCACAAGCUGUGGACGAUGCUGAAGCGACUCCACAACAUAUCCGAUGACAAAUGACCGGCCUUCUUCCAGUCUUCUUGAGGUGAAUUGAUCGUAAAAUAAAAAUUGAUUUACCGUUUCAUCGGAUCCGG